UAAAAUUAAUCUUUGGCCAAAAAAUGAAAUAGAUUUAUUUCAAAAUCUGGGGUAACGCAGUGGUAACGCAGAUGAUGCUUAUCGUGUUAAGGGGGUGCUUAAUUUCUGGACUAUUGAACUCCGAACGCGUUAUAUUUCUAUAAAUAAAGAAAUGCCUGCUUUUUGGUUUUUUAACGAAAAAAUGUCUGAAGAUAGUCCGGAUUGUGAAAUUUGGGACAAGAGAACAAACGAACUGGUUCAAAAAAUUAGAAAUACUGAAACGAAAACUUCAACCAACCGAUCUAUUACAACAACCGGUAAAACUACUAGUGAAUACAUAAAUCAAGAAAACGCGUCUUUUUCUUUUCAGCCAAAAAAUGAACGUUCAAAAAACACUAUCAAGACUCGAUUAAAACAAAAUAAUACUAAAACUACACGUACUAUUUCAACUACCAAAACACGAACUUUAUUUUCAUUUUUUGCGCCAAAAAUAUCAUCUAAUAGGACGACAGAAAAUAAUGAUAAUGAUAUAAAUAUUAAUAUUGAACAGGAAAAGAAUUUAUCCGAUAAUGCAUCAAAAUAUUGGAAUUCGGUUAGAGAAAGUCGGCAGCAAUCAGAUGAUAAGAAUGAGAAACAAAAUGAACCAUUUCCUUGUGAGGAAGAGUUAAAUUUAGCUAUGAAUGAAAUAAGUGAAAUGGUCAUUAUUGAUGAUAAUUCGACUUCUUGUCCUAUUUGUGGAAUAUCUUUGAAAAAUUUUUCAUAUAAAAAAUCAAACGAACACAUUAAUAACUGUAUCGAUAGUCCAUUAAAGUUGUCCGUAACAAAAAAAAAAAUAUUCGACAACACUGAAUCAUCAUUACUGCUUGAGCCACAAAAUCCUUUAUUCAGCAUAGAUGAAAAAGGAUCAACCAAUAUACUAGACGUUGAACAACCUGAAGAUAAUGAAUUAGUUAUUAAUAAGAAACAAGAUCGGGUUGCACAAUCUAAAAAAGAAUGUCCAUGGUAUAAAAAGCUUCCAGACACAAGUAUAACAGUGGAUGCAUUUAAAUAUGGCAAGAUUCCUCAUUGCACUGCCUACUUUUUGAGUCACUUCCAUUCAGAUCAUUAUAAUGGAUUAACCUCAAAGUGGUCUAAUGGAUUGAUUUACUGUUCCACAGUUACCGGUAAUUUGGUAAUCCAAAAAUUAAAAGUGGCGCGUAAUUUUGUUCGUAAACUUCCUAUGAAUGAUGAAGUUAGCAUUGAUAGCAACAAUGAUAUUACGGUUACUUUGAUUGAUGCUAAUCAUUGUCCCGGAUCAGCACUUUUUUUGUUCAAAUUGAAGGACAAGAGUGGCCGAAUCAAGCGAUAUCUUCAUACUGGAGAUUUUCGUGCUUGUCCUCGACAAGUACUUCAUUCAGCAAUCGUACAACCUCAAAAUCCUGCAAUUGACAUUUUAUAUCUUGACACUACUUACUUAAAUCCACAAUAUUGUUUUCCUGCUCAAGAACAAGUUGUUAAUGCUGUGAUUAAACUGAUUCGCAAAGCAAUUAAUAGGGGUGAAUUAAUUCCUAUGAAACGUAGUAGUGGUUAUAAUGGUCAAUGGAGAAAUAAGCAACCUCGAUUGGACAAGUCACAACUUGCAUUAGAUAAAUGGUUUAAAAAAACAUCAACAGAUUCUAAUAAAACUGAACAAUUAGAAAAUGUGACAAAUGCAGAAGACAUUGCGAUGGAAGAUGAAUUUCAACAUGAAGAUAAUGAAGAUAAUGAUGAUAUGGACAUCGAUGAAACGAAAUUAAAGAAUAGCAAAAUUUUAAUUGUAAUUGGUACAUACUUAAUUGGUAAAGAGAAGGUCUUUUUUGGUAUAGCAAAAGCCUUUCGAUCAAGGAUUUACGUUACAGAUGAGAAGCGAAAAAUGCUUAUGUGUCAGGAAAUUCCCGGUAUAGAAUCACUUUUGACAAACGAUCCACAUCAAGCCAGCGUACAUGUUGUCUCUCUUAUGUCAAUAAAAUCCAGUAGUCUUUUUGCAUAUCUUGAAAGUCUUAAACCGACGUUCAAAUAUGUAAUGGCUUUUCGUCCAACUGGAUGGGCAUAUAAGGGACAAAAAUUUUCAUCAUCAUCUACGACAGAAGAAAUUCUUAAUACUUCUACUCCAUUCACCAUUGAUUCUAUAACACCAACUUUUUCUACAUCAAUAUGUCAAAUAUUUGGUGUACCUUAUUCCGAACAUUCAAGUUUUAGAGAGCUAGCUGCUUUUGUAUUGUCAUUGAAUAUAAGAAAAAUUAUACCUACAGUUAACAUUGGAUCUGAGAAAAGUCGGGAAAACAUGAACUAUUGGCUUGAUAAUUGGCAGAAGGAAAAGGAUAAGAACAAGAAUAUUAAAGUCGUGCCAUAUAAUACUGUGGAUCAUUGGUAAUUCGUUUUAGAUUUAAUUACGAGAAUAGACCAUAGAAAAAAACAAUAAAUUUAAAUUUGAAAAUGGAAUUUUAAUUUAUAAUAUCACGUGAUACUGUUUCUAUGUUCUCUCUCUCGAAAUUCAAUUUCAUCACAGCCAAAGUUUGUUAUAGUGAAGCUCAUUAUAGUGAAUUUGGCUUAUAGUGAACUAUUUUAUCUCCUUAGUUUCGUUAUAGAACCUACUGACAAAAUCUCGAUAUUAGAUAUA